GGGAGACGGCUGGCUCUGCUUGGACCCCUCGCCUAACGGAUGGCAGGUGCGAGCGCCAUCAGUUGAGUUUGACCUUCCAGCCCAAAUCAGGACAGCAUCUUUUGAUCAAGCCAUCUCGUCAACCUUGGCUGCCGGACAACCAACGCGCAAACAGCAGACGACAAGAAUCAAUGUCUCCAGACGCAGCCGCUUCCUCAACCGUAUCGCAGGCUGUCGUGCCACCGCCAACGGCUCACCCAGCAGCAACGGCAGCGGCAGCGGCAGCGGCAGCAACGCCACCAUCAGAAAAGCAGCACGCCCCCACACUCGGGAUUGUGGUUGAGUUCUCUGGCGGCCUCGAGAUGCUGUUUUCGCACCAAGUCCGCCACCAACUCGCCCUCCCGAACGCCGACGACCAGGGAAGUCCGGCCACUAUCGCCUUCCUGAUCGGGUAUUUGUGCCGCCACGCAAUGAAGGACGCUCGCAGGCACCUCUUUGUGCUUGACGGCCACCUUCGCCCAGGGAUCCUUGUCUUGAUCAACGACGCCGACUGGGAGCUCGAGGGUGAGGAAGAAUAUGUGAUCCAGCCCGGUGACAACAUCCUAUUCGUCUCGACGCUCCACGGGGGCUGAGAGAUGGGCCUUCCGGUCUCGCCCCAACCACCGAUCCUCCCUAGAGAGGGCCGCAAUAUUCAGCAAGCUUGGAGCCAGUUAUUCCCACCGUCGGAUCAUAAGAGCCGACCCCGGCGUCGGACGAGAACGAGAACUGUCAUAUCGCAGAGGGACCGGGGUGUCUUUGCCCACCGAGGGGGUGAGUGUACAUUGUGUGGCAAUAUCAGUCGCGGCCGCGGGAAGCUCCCGGUGUCUCCUCGGGAGGCAGGCAAGAUACGUGGGCGGAUGCCAGGAGGGGGCGCGUCUAGCCACCCGCCAACCAAACAGCCAGCCAGUCAACAAUGCACUCGUUGCAACGCUCG